AUGGCAACACAUAGACGAGUUCCGAGUGCCUCCCCCACCCCCGACAAGGUGUUCCUCGAAGCGUGCGAUGUGUACUUUCAACACUGUCACAAUAAACCAUAUGGCUUCUUCAGCGCGAAACUCUUCAAACUAAAGGUCUCGCAAAACAAAAUUCCUUUACACCUUCGCUUGGCUUUAAUCGCUUGUGCCACUCGUUAUUCAUCUCGAUCACAAUGGAAAGAGAGAAAACAAAGCACGAUCGAUGGGUACGCGCGGGGUGCCUGGGAGCUUAUCAUGUCGUCACCCGAUGGCCUAGAUGGCAAUGAAGAUGUCUCGUUGAUUCAAACUCUGGCAAUUCUUGGGGUUAUCGAUGCGACUGCUGGCCGACGGAGAGGCGCAUGGGUCAAGAUUGGAAUGGCCGUUCGAAUCAGCCAAGAUUUGAAUAUGAUGGCGGAACCUUGCUCUCAACUGUCUGUUUUAGAGCAAGAUGAGCGAAGGAAUCUCUUCUGGUCACUUUACCUCCUCGAUCGGUUUGUGUGCUGCUCAUUCGACCGACCACCCGCGAUCAAGGACUCAGACUGUCUUCUCAAUCUUCCUACCAACCAUGGCUCAUCAAAAUCAGCAACGCCUCUUACAUUACGCCAGCUUCGUUCUCAGAGUUCCCACGAUAUGUCCCACCAAUCCGGAAUGUUUGGUAUCAGUAUCGGUCUUGCUUCUGUAUUGGGACGCGCAGUGAAAUGUAUGAUGACCAAGACGCCAAACUCCCACUCACCAUGGCAGAAUGAUUCGGAGUUCUCGGCUAUAUACUCAGAUCUUGAAAACCUCAAGGAGCUGGCCGUUAGGAAUUCCCCUGUGCUAGCGGAGCCAGGCCAGCCUCGCUCACAAAGCGAUAUGCAAGAUACCGACCGCGAGCAAACGGCGCACAUGGUCUUAUCGCACACUGUUUACCACCUUGCACAUUGCAUCCUGAGCCACCCGUUCCUGCUAGCUCUGAAGUUACAGAGUUUCCAAUAUUCUGAGAUUCCGCCGGCUUGGCUAGAAGAGACGCGAGCAACAUGUCUUGUACAUGCCGGAUCGUUAGUCACAGUCCUAGUUGAAGCAAAGGCAGCCGGAUAUAUGCCUGUUCCAUCGGUUUAUAGUUAUUGCAUUCUGCUUGCGAGCACUAUACACGCAUUUUAUCUUUAUAGUGACAGCUCGGCAAUAAGUGCAAGCUCGGCUGAGUAUCUACGCACUGCCCUGGACUACCUGGGCGAAAUUUCCGAGCUCUGGGGUAAUGCCCAGAUGAUGGCAAAUGCCUUGAAGUCUUUCAUUAUCCAAUGCUCACGAUACAGCGAUAUUCUCCUCUGCCACAAGCCACGUCUCCAUGAACUUACCCAAACGGAAACCACCAUAUUGACAGCAGUCGUGGACUACUGGACUAUGAUGGAUCCGCGGAAUCCAGUGUUUGAUUUGGCGCCAUUCAAUGCAGACAAUUUUCCCGAUUUUUCCGAUACAGAAUUCGGCUACCUAACACCGCCAACGUCAUCUGCGCUUGGGGGGGAUCUCUUCGACUGGUGCAUAAAUAAGGAGGGCCAUUCCAUUGACCCCGACAUCCUACUUCAAUACCCUGUUUCAAUGAUGUCUCCUAUUCCAUCAGAAGAUAGCGGCUCUCCUCGAUGGGACUGGGACCAUGAGCUUGACUCUUUUACGGAAAGAAAAUGA